GAAUCCUGCGUGGGGCCUUCGGGACACGGCGCUGCUGGGGCAGCUGGCUGAGGCCAACGGGCUGCGCCUGGAGAGGAUGGCCUCCCUCCCCGGCAGGAAUCCUGCGUGGGGCCUUCGGGACACGGCGCUGCUGCGGCAGCUGGCUGAGGCCAACGGGCUGCGCCUGGAGAGGAUGGUGGACAUGCCUGCCAACAACAAGAGUCUCAUCUUCCGCAAGCAGUGA